AUGGGACAGCGCUUCCGGAGCAGCGAUAACUCCGACUGGGGCGCAUUCCCGACACAGGCCAUGUACAACGAGACUCGUGACUUUUCCAUUCGCUUCGGCAAAGGAAAGGGCUCCUUAGGCGAUAUCUACGAUUUUGACGCCCAAGGAACAGAUCUCCAAGGUGAUGUUGGAGGAGAAGGUGUUCAAGACCUGGCACUUCGGCCUCACUGUUCUCUUGGGGGAUGCCAGCUUGAUGGUUCUGUCACAGCUCUCCACGACGCGAUCGCGCUUGCCGACCUAAUCUAUGCCAUGCCAAUGACAACAGAGGAGGAAAUAACGAAAAUGUUCGAAGAGUAUCAAGCAGAGCCCCAACCGGCCGUGUUAGGGUCAUUCAAGAACAGUCGAGGCUUGCCCCAGGAUGGCCCGGUUCCUGUCCUCAGUCGGGCUAUCUUGGAGCUGCUACUUCUGUCUGAUCAAUCGAGCGCGUACAAGGAUGGAUGUUAUUGA